AUGGGUGAAAAAAAGCUAGGGUACAUUCCAAACUAUGCCAGAUUCAUCAUGGGUGGAUCAGCCGGGUGAGUAUUGAUUGGUGUUCAUUUCAAUGAGGUGAAUACCCACAAGAUCACGACUAACUUGGAAUCGCGCGCCAGUCAUAAUGAAUAUUUAGUAAAUGUACGUGGCACUCUCUUUUGUUUGGUAUCAAUAUCAAAGUUUUCAUGGUUUACCAUGCAACGCAUCUUGCAUGUGUAAAUUUUAGGUUCUGACCAAGAGAUCAACAACUACUGUUUGAUGUUAUUCCGAAAUUGUCAGUCAUUUGCUAGUUGUUUCACGUGAUAAUCUUGGGAUAAAUUAAUAGCAAUCUCAGUGGUUACAUUUGCGCAUCGCUACCCUUCACUGCGCUAGGUUUUGUUUCUUGCUGACUCAGUGUUGUUUAGAAGCUAUCCAAUACAGGAUUCUGAACUUGUUGCUACGUUUUGCUGUAUGUAUGUGAGACCUUAAAUUGACGUGCAAAUUAUGGACACUGCUUAUGAGGGUCUCCAAUAGGUUUUUCGGGAUCCGGGAUUGGGCUCAUUUAAAGGCGGGAUCCGGGAAUUUAAACUAAGAAGGAAGCGAGAUGUGGGAUUGCUAUUAUGAAUGAGACAUGGGAAUCGGCGAUUUUGAGGAGUGGGAUUUGGGAAAUAAUCGCUUAAAUGAACCAAGAACUGGGAUGUCUGUUGACGAAAAUUUAUGAAGAAAUUUAUCUUCUCAGUCACGAAAAGCACCAGGCAUACAGGUUCUCUAGCAUUCAAGAGCCGGUUGGGCUGCUUAGUGACAUUUUUCAGUUAUUGUGCAGGAAUGAAAAUUAUAUCAGAUGCGAAGUUUGCCACUCCAUCCUUGGAAAGAGAGGCUGAUUUUUACCUUGGAAGAGGUUCCCACUUUGGAAGAAAUAUCCGGUUCAACAGCAGAAUUUCUUUAUCUCCGUUGUUAUGGAACUAUGGGAUUGCUGUGACCUUUUGUGUUUUAUGCACUAGUUGAAAUUGUUAUUCAUUUCUUUGAUAAUGACCUGUCUGUACUUAUACAUUUGUCUGUGAUUUAAGUUUAAUGAAAGGAAGUCAAUACUGUGACUAGCACUUGUUAUGCAUGCAAAACUUUUAAAACUUUUAAAACUUCUAAAUUAAACGAUAUUAUCAUUUUGGUGAAAAGAGAUAAACUCACGCUUUACAGUGACUAUGGACUUCAAUGGAUCAAUGCUGGUUAAGAAAAUCAUCACCCACCAGAAAUACCCUUCUAAGUUUAGGAAAUGGGCUAAGACAAAAUUGUAUGAUUGGGAUCAGGAUUGGCAGGUAUAAACCAUUGGGAUUACAGGAUUGAAAGAAAAUUUUAGUCAGGAUAAUGGGAUUGAAGAACCCUAUUGGGAACCCUCCUUGAUCAAUGGAAUUAUACUAGAUUUUGUUGCUCGCUGGAUAUGAACAAUCCGACAUGAAUAGAUUUCUCUAAAAUGCCCUGUAUUUAUUUUCACUGAACAAAGACCGGCUUGAUAUAUUACAACUUUAAUGCCAAUCAACUUUAAAAUAGCCCUCAAGCAGACUUUGCAGUGAAAUAAGCUAUUACUAGGUCCAUGUAUGAGCUAUUGAGUCAAAGUAUAAAUAAACACAAUAUAAGAAAUAUGUAAACAAACAAGAUAGAAAAUCGCAUGCGGAGAAUUUCCAUUUGAAGUAGAUAGAUGGUGCUAUGGCUUGUGCUAUGACACCAAAAAAAGUUGUGAACGGAAUAUGCAAAAGUUGCAGCAUUUGCAAAUUUUCAUUGUUAAAUAUGGAAGUGGAAGAUCUGGCUUUGUAUCUGUGGAAAAUUUAUGUGUCAUGUCAAAUUGUAAUGGGAGCCAUGGAUGAUCUUUGUGUUAUAAGGAUAUAGAACACAGGAUCAAUCUUAUCUCAGUCCAACCUAAGAAAUUUUCUCUCUUGAUUUUCAAUGAUAUUAGGUAGCAGGCAAAUUACUAAUAUCAAGGUAUUUUAGUGAUUGUGCUCACAGAUACCUUUGUGGUUACUGCAGUUUCACUAGUUGAAAUCUGAAAUGUUUACCAUGUGCAGUUUGCAUAACUGCAAAGAACAUUCCAUUAAUUUAAAAGGCACUUCACUAGUUUAUCUGAUUGGUGUAUAAGAUCACCUACCGAUUUUGCUUCUAUUUAUAGUUAUCAAAAAGCUUCCACCACCUCAUCAACAUUUGGAUGUAGGGAAUUCAUGUUUGAACUUUAAGCCUAAAAUGUUAAACAUUCCAGUAGGCUGUGUGCAGAGGCUUGACUGAUGUCAUCUGUUGAAAGUAGACAGAGCGCUCACUUUUGACUAUAAAUUUGUGAUUAAAUUCCAUGGAGCAUGUCUGUGUUCUUGUAUACAUCCUGGCAGCACUCCAGCAAUGAAGGAGAUUAUAAGAGCUUGUUCCUUUUGUAGUGGGGAGAACUCUCAACUCAUGCUAUUUUUUCAUUUAGUUUUUCCAAUUUUGUUGCUGGGUUUUGGUUGUGAGUUAAAAGGUCAGCUUAUGUAUAGAAAACCCAAGAGGCUUUUAAUUAGCCUUCUCAUUUUAAGAAGUGGAAUGGUAUUAUGGUAUUGCCUCUGAUAGUGAGACCUGUGAUACCUAUUGUUUCCAUAAACACAGCCCCAGUGGAUAUGAUAGGCAAUCAUGAUUUCCAGUGACAUACAGAUCAAUUUAUAUUUGAUUUGAAGACGGUAACAAGUAAGUUAUAUAUGAGACAUUGAUAGUUUUGAUAUCAUGUAUAAACUUUAUCAAGGUAUUCAGUGGUCUUGAGGUUGAGUAGAAAAUAAAAGCAUUAAGGUUGAUGGAAUUGCAGACGUGCAACUGUUAGAGAAAACCACAUCUGACCUCUAUGCUGAGCAACCUGGCUAUUGCAAAUAAUCAACCUCUAAGCCUCAUUUGCACCAAAUUUUUCUCAAAUCUUUGUCACCCUAUUGUUGUUUCGUAGGGUAUUCUUUUGAUCUCAAUGCUUAAAUUCGUCAGUCUGCAUCUUGGAAGUGAACCUAGGGGUGAGAAUUGGACAUACUGAUUUUUAUCAAGCAUGGGACUUAUCAAAUUUAGUUGUAAUCAUUGUGUUCCCUUAAUGUGAUCCUUUGAUUGUGUUUAAGUAACCCCAGUUAGGUACACUGUAGAGGCUGUCAGUACGCAACCAUAGUGCGUCCUUAUUGAGCACUACUUGUAUCCAAGAGGAUAACUGCUGCCUCCUGAGGUGCUCUUAUUGUAGCUUAGGGGAUCAUUUCUUAUCUCCCGUACUGUAAGUUCAAGAUUUAUUAUUUUUGAUAAAAUGUCAUGUUUUCACUUCUAUAAGUCAACUUGAAAAGUGUUGAACCUACUAGCUUUUCUGUUCCCAAUAAUUGUCAUGAUGUGUUUGAACUCUUAAAAGAUACAGAUUAGGUAUUUUUUUAAUUUAAAAAAUAUUUGAACUACUGCUUCUGGGGACCAACAAAAAUAUUAUAAAGCUCAGAAAAAGUGGUCUCUACAGCCACUUGGUUUGCUCCAUUGGGAGAGCACUUGACUGCUCUAUGGGAGGUUAAGAGUUCCAGCCUCAGAAUGACUGCAUCAGCAAAUAGGAUCUUAAAAUAAAGGAGAAUGUGCAGUCUUAGCAUGUCCUCAGUAGAUAUUUGGACAUCCUAGACUCUUGAAUGAGAACUGUAAAGGGUAGGCCCUUUUUUCUUGUAUCUUCAAAUUCAAUCAGUUAAUUAGCUGGAGUGAUUAAAGAACCCAAGUAGAUGUGCUAUUUCUAAAGAUUAGUGAUUGAAAUUAUGCCUGUGGUAACUGAGUAGUCAGUCUGUGUUGCAGCAGGUCCAAAUUAGAUUAUCACUGCCAAAUUACAACCUGCUUAAUCAACCAGACAAAAUGAAUGAACAAGUGAACAGUUAAACAGAAAUCAAUUAUACAAAACUAUCAUAAUUAUUAUUGUUGUUAUUAUUUACUAGAAUGGGUGCAACUGUGUUUGUACAGCCCCUAGAUUUGGUCAAAAACAGGAUGCAGAUGAGUGGUGAGCAUUUAUUUGUUAUUUUUAAAUUUCAAAUUCCAGGUAUUGUAUUUCUGUUGUUCUGAUUGGUUCACUCUACACUGCUUAAAAGCUCUUAUACAGAAUUGCCUUAUUUAGAAAAUGUUUUAUUCAAGUGUUGCUAAGCUGGAUUAACUUUUGGCUGGAAACAAUCACUUCUCCUGUACAUUGUGGAUAAUUUAAUGUAAUAAAACAGUUAUUCCAUAUGCAUUUGUUGGAUACAAGAUUGAUUGGCUGUGGCCAACAGGGUGCCAUAUCUAACGCAUGCACAUGGAAUAACUGUUAAAUGACAAUCUGAAUCAGUUACAUUAAAUUUCACUUAAUGUCAUCCCACGCAAUGUCAUCUGAUAUUUCCUGUUGUUUCUUAUUCAUCAGGACUUAAGUUUACCCUGGAUUAAAACAACUGACUGUUUGAAUGUUAAUUCCUUUUAGUUUUAUGUUUAUGUUGGAUUAAUGUAGCUGUUAGCAAGCUAAUUGAAUGAACGAUGAUUUUUGUUAAGUGUUAUCCAAGGUUUUCAUGCACAGAUAAUUUCACCAUUGAACAAUUACAAAGUUGGACUUUGAGAGGUUAAUAUUGAUGCAAAAUACUCCCACAUACAGGAAGCUGUUGUCUAUAAAUAUUUCAAUUGCCUGAAGACUUUUCAACAUUACAUGUGUCUCAAUAUUAUUCAUUUAGGGGUUGGUGGUGCUGCAAAAGCACACAAAAGUAGUCUACAUGCAAUUGCCUCCAUUCUGAGACAAGAAGGAGUUUUUGGUGUCUAUAAUGGGUUAGUUUGUUGAAUAAUGCAAACAUGUAAUUGAGCACUUGUGGUCUUUUUUGUAAUUAUUGUAUUUGCUGUGUUCGAUAACUUAGCUAUCUCUCUGUGACAUAAUGACUUGCAGGGCUUGAAUGAGUUAACAUUUCUUUGUACAGAUUAUCUGCUGGUCUGUUAAGGCAAGCAACUUACACAACAACACGACUGGGUGUGUUUACUUCGCUCAUGGAAAAAUUUAAGAGGUUGGUGAUAGAAAUUACCAUUUUUAGAGCAUGGUCAGAACUAUCUGAAAUAUUACCGUAAAGGGUCCCUUGAUCUACAUAUACCCUGACAAGGGUUUCAAUAAGUUUUGAUGUAGAUGGUAAAGACUACAAAGUAAGCAGCUAAUGGAAGAGUGAUCUGUACUCUAAUGGUGAUGAUUUCAGGGAAAAUAGGCAGUGAUUUUGCUUAAGACUGAUGGCAAAUUUUGCAGAUCACUGGCUCUUCUUGAAACCCCUGUAUGAAAGGCCUGUCACAAUGCUACAUUUUACACUGAUUAUUGUACAUCUAUGCCUGACUUGCCAUUGAAAUAUUUUCUACUUCAAUUGUAACAUCUUUGUUUAAAGAGCUUGAAAUGAUGAAAAGAUAUUGUGGCUCUCUGAAAUUCUGACUUUAGUUUUAACAUAAAAACACUUUUCUAACUAUUAUGCUUUGACAAUUCCUUUUUUAAACUAUCAGCUGUUAUCAGGUAAUGUUAUAGGUAAGAUGUAUUGGGUGAGCUGGAUGGAGAGAGAAAGCCACAUUAUUUACUUACAAGUCUUAUUUGGCAUUCUGUAUAUGACACAAUAUUCUUUGCAAGCCUUUUCAAAUUAUUUGCCAAUCUGCCUUAUUUAGUAGUUUGUGGAUAGGAUCUGCAUAGAAACACAUAUCAUCCAUAAAGAACUGAGUCUGGCUCUCUAAUUUCAUGCCACAAAGCAUCUAAGGUUAUUAACCAUUUACUACUGACCAUGCUUCAUAAGCCAAUGUGCCAACUGUCUUAAUCUAAUCUUUCUGCAUUGACCAAAUCCAAUUUGAAAUGACUGACAAACGUGCUCAACAGCCAAAUAAAUGGAAACAUGCUCUGUGUUGAGGAGCUGGUAGACCAGAUGAAAUUAGGAGAACUGCAUCUCAAUCCACUGGUCAUGAAGUAGAGAGGGGUGGGGAGAGUGCAUUGAGGUGAAUUGGUUAGUGAACAUUGUAAAAUUGUUUUUGAGCCACUUCAAAUGGACCUGCUAGGUGGAUUUUUAGGCCCAAGGAUGGGGACCCUCAACUCUCCUCCCUAAUUGUUUGCUUUCCUUGCUUAAUUAUUAACAGGAAAUUAAUUUUAAAAAGUUUGCAUCUUAUAUUGUGCAAAUAAACUACAUGUAGUUAACGGUUUGGAAUAGUAUCUAGAUAAACACUUAUAUUAACUUAUGUAUAAGAUUUUUAGCUGUCAUGUUUUAUCUUUAUAAUCACUUCAAUUGUGAUUGUUAUGUUUUUUGUUUAGCCCUGAUGGAACUCCACCUUCUUUUCUCAUGAAAUGUGCUCUAGGUUAGUGUUUCUACCUAAUUGUUAUUAACAAUAGUAGCACAAGUGAUAGGCUACUACAGUUUUGAUCAAAUCUGAUCAAAUUUGAUGGAUUCUGCCCUGUUAGCCUGUUUAAGGUGUAGAAAUGUGGAAAUGUUUUUGACAACAUAUAUACAACAAGGGUGAAAGUGGCACAAGUUUCUUAAAUUGGUCAAGUGAUUGGAAGUUGUAAAAGUAGAAAACAGUUAACUGUUUUUCACUACUGAUGCAUAAUUGCAGUUGUAGGGUUGACCACAAUUAUCAGUUACUGAUGUAGGGAAGACUCAUGCAGUCUCACUUUCAAGAAGACAUUCUCUGUAUAAAGAGUGUAUUUAUUACAAUGCAACAUUUCUAAACAACUUGAGCACCUUGAACCACUUUUCUUUGUAAAAGUAAAUGUUUGGAAAUUGAAGGGUGAUCAUUGUUUUAAUUCAGGAAUGACAGCUGGAGCUGUAGGCUCAUUUAUUGGUACACCGGCAGAGAUAUCCCUCAUAAGAAUGACUUCAGAUGGAAGGUUUGUUACAACAUUAUUUAUAUAGAUGUAAUAUGUCGUAAGAAAUCUAGAUGCAGACAAUACAAUCAGUGGUAUUGUAAGUGGAGUUUUCUUGGGGCAAGAUAGCAAUACCUGUAGAUCUGUUCCUCCCUUGUAGCACAGCAGUUGGCAUGUUUAUUACUUCACAUAUAACAGUAAGAGUUGUAUCCCACACCCAAUAAGACCGGACUCUUUAUUGUGCACUUAGGUCUGAGUAUUACAAUUGUAUUAAGACAUUAUCCAACUCCAACUUGACAAUCUUUCCUUUAUCUUUCCCUGUCUGCUUGAAACCAUGUUUUUGUAGUGAGAAACAGUAAGCCGUUAGCUCAUUGGAGUCAGAGGGCUGUUAAACUACCUUUUUAAACUAAAGGUUACGUUUUCUUGUAGAUUUUUGCAAGCUAAGGUGACAUAUUUACUGGUAUUAUCUUUCAUUCAAAUGAAUUAUGAAAGGUGAUGUUUCUUGCACGAGCCCUUCGCUAGAGAUGCGCUAUUGGAAACAAGGAGGGGGCAGGUAGCACAGAACCCUUGAAAUCACUGAAACCUCGUACAUGUACGUUCACCUCCUCUCAAAAAAAAUCAACAAAAAAAUACAGACAGUUUGUUUGCCUUCCCCCCCCUUCUUUUUGGAGUAAAGAUGUUUUGCUGUGAUCCAGCAUUAAUAAGCAAUACACAAAAAUAGAUAAUUUUUAAAAAUACCCUACCUAGCAAUUGCUCGUUAAUAGGCAUAACUGAACUAAUUGUGUUGAACAUAAAUUCUUUGUUUUAUUUAACAGGCUUCCUGUAGAACAACAGCGCAAAUAUACAAGUGUGUUCAAUGCCUUGUACAGAAUAACUAAGGAAGAAGGAAUUCUGACUCUUUGGAGGGUAAGAAUGAUUCGAUAAAAAUAGUUUAAGAUUCAUUAACGCCGGCAAGCCGUUUAUGUAUCCACUGAUCCAACUGAGCACAGGGCUAUAAAAUGUUGAAAACUCUUUGGUGAACAAGGCUCUUUUGAAGAUAUCAGGCAGACAGGUCUCUAGGCGUCUCGGUGCUUUACUUUAUUUUGAACUCUUUUGUAGGGAUGUGGGCCAACUGUUUUUCGAGCUGUUGUAGUGAAUGCAGCGCAGCUGGCGACAUACUCUCAAGCAAAACAAGGCUUGCUCUCCACAGGUUUGUUGAAUUACAGAAGCCUUUCAUAUCCUAAUGUCUCCUUACUGUGGUCAUGUCUUUAGCUCAAACGAAUUUAAGACCCAUGUUUUCCUUGCUUUACAGUGUCGUUAACAAGAUCUUAAAUGCAUGAAAAGAUCUUAGAUGCAUGACGAAAUGUCUGAUGGUUUAUUUGGUGUGUAGAAGAAAAACGUCCGGGUCCACAUGAGAUGAGCACAUGUAGGAUUCUAGGUUACACUUCGCACGCUGCACCUCACGAUUAUUAAAGGAUCAUAUUAGUUGUGCAAUAAUUGAAAACAUUGAUGUUUGUGUUUGCAGCUUAUUUUAAAGAUGAUUUGCUGUGCCACUUUGCAGCCAGCAUGAUAAGUGGUUUGGCGACUACUUUAGCUUCUAUGCCUGUUGAUAUCGCCAAAACUAGGUUAGUAAUAACUUUUCUCAUUUAAAUAAAUUGAGAUAUAUACUUGUACAGCUGAGAGUUGCAACAGAAUUACAACGCAUGGCAACCACCUACUUGUGUAAUAAAGAAUUAAUGGGCCUCGAUAGCAGAAUAACAUUGAAACUUUCAACUUUAGUUGGUUGAUAGCGUCUAAGCCGUUCAGUAUUUAUCGUUCCAACCUUUUUUGUAGGAUUCAAAAUAUGAAGAUUAUCGAUGGAAAGCCUGAAUAUCGUGGAGCCCUGGUAAGAAUCUUUUAAAGCUAAUUGUUUUCAAAAGUGCGACGAACCCUUUUCGAAUAUGAUUAUUUAUGGCCUGCACUAUUGCCACUAUGGUGUUCAAAGUCCGUCACACGUGAUUGUUUUUCUUUUUCCAACUUUCUUUCACAGUCUCUAGCUGAGAGACCCAAGUUCCCUCUAUCGCCGCCAAGUUUAUAGUCCCCCUAGUUAUCCACAAGUAGACUCUGAAGUAAAGAAAAAGCGCCAUGAAUUACCCUAUUCAUUCCUUUCUUUUGCUUGUGUUUCAGGACGUUUUUGUGAGAGUGAUCCGUCAGGAAGGGAUUUUCGCGUUGUGGAAAGGAUUCACACCAUACUAUUUUCGUCUUGGUCCGCACACUGUUCUAACGUUUAUCUUCCUCGAACAAUUUCAAAAGCUGGCGAAAAACUUCUAUGGUGUGUCUAGUGGUGGCGGUCUUUGAGGAUAGGUCAGCUUGGCUGUGAUGAAUGAUUCUUGUACAGUUACAAAUUCAUCUUCUGAAUGACAUGGAGGGAUCAUUUGACAGAGGAAGAAUUUAUUAAUAAUUUCAAUAAUGUUUAGGCGAUGGUCAUUGCAAAUAGCUAUGCAGAAAUAAUUAAUUUCAAUGACGAAUAAGACUCCAUAGACCUACUGAGACGGCGAUGGUCUCCGUCUUGGACAGUGAGCUCACCAUGUCUUAUUCUGAAGAUACAUGGAUUAACGAAUGAGACCUGAAAACUCUGCAAAUACGUAAUGACUGUAUGAAACUCCUCUAUAGGUAACUUAUUGGUAAAUUUUUGUGAUGUUGGUAUUAAAUUCGUUAUGUUUUAUAGCUUCAGCGAUCAUUUUUUCAAAAACAAAUGUCUUUAUACGUAUGCCAAUUUUUUCUUAACAUCUCAAGCCAAGACUUGGAAAUGGGAAUUUCGAUCGUGAAACCUUAUGGUUGAUAUCCUCAUUAUUUGUUUACUCCCAUCGAUUUUAUUAUUUUUUGGACAGAGAC